AUGCACGGAACAGACCUUCAACAGCAGAAUUCAGGAAGUUCCUGCACAAGAUUUCUUGCCAAGUCAUAUUCUAGCCAGUGGAGUUAUUGUCUGCACAAGUUGGAUCCAAGAAAAGAUCAAAGGAAGCUACGAUGUCCAACAGACAUGAACGAUCAAAUUCAACAAGUGGUGAAACUCUCUACAGGAUUCUACAAUUGCCACGGAAAUCCACACCAGAAGAGGUCAAAGCAGCAUAUAGAAGGCUGGCACUGAGAUACCACCCGGAUAAAAAUCUGAACGACCCCUCGGCAGCCGAGCUAUUCAAGGAAAUAAACAGAGCCAAUGCCAUACUCUCUGAUGAAAAGAAAAAGCGCAUCUACGACUCAUAUGGCUCAGUCGGACUGCAAGUGGCCUCCAUGCUUGGGGAGGAUGGGGAAAACAUCCUAGCAUCAAAGAAUAACUGCUGCAUGAAGGUUUUGGCUUAUUUCUGUACGAUCAUCACUUGCUGUUACUGCUGUUUGUGUUGUUGUUUCUGCUGUGGCAAGUGUUUGCCAAAGGUUGAUCAAACCAAUGACAAUCCAGAGGACAUUCCCACAGAUGAUUCAAACCCUAUUCUGGAUCAGCCAUAUACCAUACACAGCGAAACCAGCCCAUUAAACCAAGAGUAUGAUUACAGCUACAACGCAGUUAAAUAAGGAGAAUUGAGACUUUUGCUUUUAGAGGAGAUAGCCCAAUUCAACCCUUUGAGGACUUAGUAGAAUUUUCAAAAUAAGUCACUAUUCUUUAUCAUCUAGCAAUCGAUAAAGGAAUCUUAAGGGCCUAAAGCACACAAGACCAUUUAGUCCAUGCAGCUCAUUCCUUCCACAGAUCAUGCAUAUUCCAUUCUAUCAUGGACUAUGAUCAAUCACAGAUGCAAUUACCGUAGGGAUGAAAGGCGUGUCCAUCCAUCCCAAGUUCUUUUUUUUUGACCCAGGUUUCUCCAUCGGGAGUCCACUCUCUGAAUCCAAAAAUUGGCUCUGAUGUUCACUCCCAGUGAAAAAUCAUCUUCCUUCCUUUUCAGAAAGUCCAAAGCUUUACAUUGUGCAUUAUUCAUCCUUGGCCAUGAUCUUUCCAUUGUCCGAGCAGCUCAGGAGCUUUCAUCUUCCACAUAGGACUUGACUAUGUCCAUUUGUCCUUGUAACCUUUGGUUCCAUUCCUGACUGAGUACUCAUCCACUUCUUCCUGCCUUUGACAGCCAGUUGAAAUUAGAUGUAAAGAUAAUCUGUUACAGGCCAGAGCAACGGGUGCGGCCUCUUGCCUGGCAUUAAAUUGGGCCAUUCACAGGUCUGCGACUGUUGUUGCUCUCAGCUGGCAAGACCGUUUAUUGCCCAUCCCGAGUUGCCUUGAUAAAACGGCCACCAACAGUCAAUCCUAUUAUGUGACAAGAGUCAGAUAUAGGCCUGACCAAGUAGGAGCAGCAUGUCCACUUUCCAAAAGGAUAUUAGUUGAUUUUUUUUUACAAUGUAUUUGCCCCAUUUAUUGAAUUCAGUUUCACAAUUUGCCAUGGUAGGUUUUGAACUUUUGACCUCCAGGUUUCUAGUCCCGUACCAUUAGUAGUGAUUUUACUAAUGCUGCAAACUGGCUGAUUGAUGCAGGCACAGUUGACAUCCAUUUAAUGUUUUACCUGUACCUCUGCACCUAACUGCUCUGUACACUUUGUUUUGCAAGCAAUGUCAUUGCUGACCACAUCGGUUUUUGUCACUGGAAAAUAAUAUGAAGAUUUGGACACUCAGGUACCAUUUCAUUUCUUUACCAAUUUGUUCUGGAUUCUUCACACCAGAGAGAACAGUUUCUUGGUGUUUACCUACAGAAUCCCUUAAUCAUUUUGAAAUCCUCAAUUAGUUCAUCCAUCAACCACCUAAACUCAAGGGAAUACAAGCCUAGCCUAUGCAGCCUGCCCUCAUAAUUUAACAUUUUUAUCUCUGGUCUGUAGAAGUCACCUAUGACCCAGGUAUCCCAAAGGUGGGGUUUCUGUUUGAGCAUUGCACCCCCUCCCCACCCUGGUACUUGGCUGGCAGCUCAAUGCAAUUAAUGCAAAAAUACAAAAAAUUGCAACACAGCACAAGGCCCUGAGGUAAUAUUGAUGCCUCUCACAGAAAACUUUAAUUGCCAUCCUUAUAUUAAACAAAGUGUCUCUCUAUGAAAUUUUUUUUAAAGGAAAUGGCCUGGUUUAAAAAAAUCAAACAUGCAGGUGCUGAAGGUAUGUGACUGUUAGGGAGCCACAAUUAUGGCCCAUGCUGGGAAAUUUCAGGCAGCCAUUAUCCAAAUUAAUGCAGGAUUCAUUUCUCUGAUGGUUCAGUUGGCGAAUGUCUUGCCCAGCAAGAUACUGAGUAAUUCUAAACCUAGAAGCUCCCACGUUUAAUUAACAUCCUGUGGCGUGUUUACUGAUCUCAGGGAAUGUGGCAGAUAUGGUGUCCCUAGGCUAGGGAGGAUGUGGAUAAGCCAGGGCCUCAGCUUACAUUUGCUGUUGAAUGGCCCUAUUGAAAUGUGUGAAUAGAAGUGAAGAACCUAGGGAAAUUCAGCUUGAAUACGCUAUGGGAGUCAGGACCUCCUUCAAGUUUAAAGACCCAAUGUCAUAACCAGUAUUCACUGCUCAUAAGAAAGCAUUUUGAGAUGUUUUUCCACAUUGAAGUAAAUAUGAGCACACCCAAAACUCACAGCAAAUUCUGUUCAUGCAUCGCCCCCUGUGCUCACUGACCUACAUUGGCUCCUGGUCCAGCAAUGCUUCAAUUUUAAAAUUCUCAUCCUUAUGUUCAAAUCUCUCCAUGGCCUCAACCUCUUCCUGUUUCUGUAAGCUACUCCAGCCCUGCAGUCCUCUGGGAUCCUGAUGUUCCUACAAUUUUGGCCUCUUGCAUUUCCCAAAGUUCUAUUAUUCUACAUUAGCAGCUGUGCCCAGGGUCCAAGGUCUGAAAUUCCACCCUUAAUCCUCUGCACCUCACUAUCUCUCUCUUUCUUGCUUAAGAUUUUCCUUAAAAUCUGCCCUUAUGACCAAGCCUUUGGUCACCUUCCCUAAUAUCUCUUGUGGCUUGGUGUCAAGUUCUGAAUGAUAAUCAAUCCCAUGAAGUGCCUUGGAACCUUUUUAAAACUGUAAAGGCAUUGUAUAAAUGCAUGUCAUCUCCCUCCAGUUGCUGCCUUUAAAACUGAAUAACACCAUGGCACCACUUCCCAUUCAAGGGAUUAUAAAACCAGCCUGUCUCACUGAAAUUCCCCUUUAUAGCUGUAUAAUUUAUCUUCCAACCCUGUGCCAUUUUGACAAAGCAGUUUAACAGCCAAUGUUCAUUUCUAGUUGUAUGUCUUUUUAAAGGUGGGAAUCAGAUGUUUUGAAUCUCCAAUCCACCUGUUGCCUGAACAUUCACAGACUCACCAGACGAGUUCAGAUAAGGCCAUUUUUUAGCCCAUUUUAGCUCACCCAUUCAAAAGGCCCAUAGUCCCACACCAUAUCACUCCACUGUGAUGAUGUCCAACAUUUCAAAAUUAUUCUGAGAAUUUUGCCUCCAUUAUCCUACAGAGUCUGUUCCAAGCCCCAUUUGGUGUUAAAAUAUUCUGACCUCCAUCCAAAAUAUUCCUUUCCCCAGUUUGAAUCUGUAUGACCUUAACCAUCUGUCAUGGUUUAACUUGCAGCACAUUUUGCUUCGUCUCCCUAUUUUACUAAUUAUUUUGCUAAAUUGAUACAAAACAGGGAAAAAAGACUCCCCCUAUCCAGUAGACCUUACACCUACCAUCCCCUGGAGAAACAAACCUGGAGCUAAUUUCAGAAAAGAAAUCUGUGGGAAGUUCCUCCCCAAUUCCCUAAGGAAAUCAAGCAAAGUCCAGGGAAUGUGCUUAAACAUGAUGCACCAAUGGAUACACCCCUCCUCCUUAACCCCCCAAAAUAUUACAUAUAAUUACAAAUAAUCUAAAGUACAGAAACAGGUCAAUUGGCCCAACUGGUCUAUGCCAGUGUUUAUACUCACACGGACCUCCUUCCACUCCAAUUGCCUCUUUCUGCCCUGUACCAUAUCCAUCAAUUCCCUUUUCCCUCAUUAACCUUUCCCUUAAAUGUAUCAAUGCUUUUUGCUUCAAACACUUCAUGUGUCAGUGAGUUCCACAUCCUCACCACUCUCUGCAAAAUGAAGGCUGAAAAUGUAAAAUUGUUGGGCAAAUGUCCACUGAAGCUUAAUGGAUUUAAAAUAAUAAAUUACAGUGCACAAAACCCCACCAGGUGGUGUUAUAUCUGACUUUCCUCAGCAGUGAUGGAGUCAAUGCAGGGUCAUAUCCCUCACCACCUCCCCUUCAGUCAAUCAUUUUCCAACUCCAUCACUGUCCUCAUGAGUGGCAGUUUCAAAUAAAUAGUUCUGUACAGAAAUGGAAAAGGCCAUGUCCAUCCAUUGGAAUGCUCCCAAAGGUCACACACUUCCUGCUGUACUUUAUCUCUUCCCUUCAAUGCCUGUGUGCCAAAAACGUGCUCACUACCCCUUUGAAAUUUGUAACAUUCCCCAUUUGCACUGUUCCCCUGUCAUCACCCCGGCCCAACUCGUCCCUGUGCCUCAGCUCUGAGGUCAGUCUGUUCUCUGUCUAGCUAUCAGGGUGUAACAUUUAGAGUAAAUGGGCUUUGUAUUGUGGAACUGGACAUUUAAAAGCUUUUAAAACAGAAAACCAUGAACAUAUUU